GUAUCACAGAAUGGUUCUUAUGGAACAAGCAUUUUUCAUAAAAUUAUAACUGUCAGUAAAGGUCGUUCUAUCUCCCAUUAUCACCAGAGUACACAUAAUGGAGAUAGCAGUUAUCAAUGGAAUGAACAUUGGAACAACUUUAAGAAAGAGCCAUAUCUUAAUCAUCGGACAAAUGAGCUUGCAGAGGACCAUUGUAAAAGUGGAAAAGCAUUUGACCAAAUGUCCAAUCACAAUAUACGUCAGGUUAUUCCUAUUGUGGAGAAGACCCACAAAGGAAGUAAAUGUAUCCAGUAUUUUCAGCAGUCUUCACAAUACCGUGAACAAGAGAAUAUACAUGUUACGGAGGAGGCUCACAAAUGGAAUCCGUGUGGGAUAGUCUUCAGUCAAAUAAUCAAUCUAAAUAGAUGCCAAAAAGUUCAUAGUGGAGAAAAACCUUAUACACGUAAAGAUUCUGUUAAAACGUCUAUUUGGCCUUCAGGUUGUACUCUAAAUCAGACAAUUCAUACUGGAGCAAAGCCUUGCAAAUGUAAAUCAUGUGGCAAAGCCUUUAAAUAUCAUUCAUCUCUUAUUAUACAUAAGGCAAGAUUUCACACUAUAGCAACAUUUUGCAAACUCAGGGAAAAUGGAAAAGACUUUAGUCAGUCCUCAAGACAUACCCAACAUCAUACAAAUAAUAUUCAAGAAAAGUCUUAUAAAUGCUCAGAAUGUGGCAAAACCUUUAGUCGGCCCUCAAACCUUAUUCUUCAUCAAGGAAUUCACACUAGAGAGAAACCUUAUAAACAUAGAGAAUGUGUCAAAGCCUUUAACAACCAUACAGGUCUUACUAAUCAUCAUAGUGUUCAUACUGAAGGUAAGCCUUAUAAAUGUAGAGAAUGUGGUAAAGCAUUCCUCCACACGUCAAACAUGUUUCGACAUCGGAAAGUUCAUACUGGAGAGAAGCCUUAUAAAUGUACAAAAUGUGGCAAAGCAUUCAGUGAAUCCACAAACCUUAAUCGACACCAGAGAAUACAUACUGGAGAGAAGCCUUAUAAAUGUACAGAAUGUGGAAAAGCAUUCAGUGAGUCUGCAAACCUUAACCGACAUCUGAGAGUUCAUACUGGAGAGAAGCCAUAUCAAUGUAGAGAAUGUGACAAAGCCUUUAGCCGGCCCUCAACCGUUACUAUUCAUCAGAGAAUUCACACUGGAGAGAAA